AUGACUCCAUUUUUUAACAUUACCAAUGAGUAUUUUUACUUUUCAUUGGUUGCUCGUUGGCACUUAGCGAUAGCUAUAUUCAUGAGACAGAUGGCCAUAGAACUCUCUAGACUACCAAAUACAGAAAUUGGUAUUUUGAUUCCAAGUGCCAGUCCGAAGGAUAAAGUAGAUGCUAAAAAAUAUAACAUCAAGGUUUUUGAACCUGCAGCUGAAGAUUAUAUAGGCUAUGAACCAGUUGAUUGUCUGCAGUUUCCUCCACAAGGAUUUAGCACUGACUUUAUCAUUGGUCAUGGCAUUAAGCCUGGAUGUCAUGGACAGGCCCUUAAGAAUAAACUUAGCUGUAAAUGGGUGCAUGUGGUCCUGAAAAAUGCAGAAGAAAUGGCAAUGUUCAAGAAAACCCCAGGUGCCAUUUCCAAAGGGCAGAAACAGCAUGAAACUGAGAUCAAAUUGUGUAAAAACGCUGAUGUAGUUUUAACAGUUGGCUCUAAGCUCAAUGAAACCUUUAAUUCUGCUCUGCAUCAGUGUAAGAAAGAUCAUAUAUUCAAUCUUAUACCUGGCAUUUUUGAUGAGUCUUUUCAUGAGCAGAAGCAAUGCCAAAAUUCAAAGAACUUUGAAAUCUUAGUGUUUGGCAGAGGGAACACCGAAGACUUUGAACUUGAAGGUCUUCAUGUUGCUGCCGAAGCUGUGGCACAUCUUAAUAAGUACGAGCCAUCAUACAUUCUCAAAGUUGUUGGUGCCCCCGAGGGAGAACAAGAGAAACUUGCUGAGAGAUUGGAAGGUCUUGGGAUCUCUCGUAGUCAACUGAUUGUGAGAAGUAUUUACAAAGAAAGAAGAAAACUGGCGGAGCUAUUUUUGGAAGUGGAUCUUGUUUUGAUGCCUUCGGGUACAGAGGCAUUUGGUCUCACAGCUUUAGAGGCAUUGUCAGCAGGUGUACCAAUCCUUAUUACCCAUAAUUCUGGCUUGGCAGAGGCUCUAGAGGAAGUACCUUUCGGGCACAAAUGCAUAGUAGAUCAAGCAGAUAAUUGGGCUGAGCAAAUCAAGAAAGCACGAAAAAAUCUGAAAACUGGAUUAGACGAGGCAAGCAUGCUACGCGACAAAUAUAAAGAGAAAUACUGUUGGCGGGACCAAUGUGCUGCUUUUGUGAAGAAGCUUAGGACCUUGCAUUCAGGACAUCCUGAGGAAAUACAACAAGAGUCCCGAGGCAAAAGGUUUUCAGCUCGAAAGCAAGUGGCUGUUGCUGAUGUAAAGAAGGAGGAGAGAGAUAGUGAAGAUGGCUACAAAGCAAAGAAGAGCAAAGAAACUGCAAUACAAGACACCAAGAAAAUUUCACCUGUUGGAGAAAAGAUGGCAGAAAAAAUAGGUGAUCAGAAAGCUGUCUACCCAUCAGAAGAAGACAGGAUUGUGAUUGAAAUUGGUUCAUCAGAGGAUGAGGAUGAAAGGUCUGAUGAUGAACCAUGUGCCUCUGGACAAAAUAUGGCUGCUUCUGGUUACACUGAAGUUAAGCAAGAGGAAGAAAAUGGCUCAGCUGCCAAAAAACCUAAACUUGAUACUGUUGAAGAACCUGGAACUUCUAGAGUAUCCAGCUCUAGUGAGACAAGGAAGUUUAAGGUGAGAAAAGGCAAUCCUGAACUUGAUGAAUUAGAACAACUGGCCAAUGACAUUGAUCCUAGUGUGUGGAAGAAAGUUGCAAGAAAGUUAAAGAUUGACAAUCCAGUGAUCACAGCAAUAGAUAAGGAAAAUGAUGAAUUUUAUGAAAAGAAAUACACAAUGCUGCAAAAAUGGAAGCAGGCAAAUGGAAGUGCUGCUACGUGGAGGAAACUUAAUCAGGCUCUAAUGGAUGCUAAUCUCAGGGAGUUAGCAGAGAAGCACUGCUGUGUAAAGAUGAAUUGAAAGGGACUAUUUGUCAGGAACGGUUUUCUAUCAAACACUGUGCAUAAGAUAUUUCUUUGCUAAAAAUUGUCACACUUUGGUAAAAAGUUUGCUCCAGCACUUAAAAUGCAUUUUUUAAGUUAGCCAGGUGAUAACCAAUGGGAUCAGUCCUUCCUGAACUGCAUAACUUUUUAUUGAAACAGGUGUUUGUAAUUUUUACAAUUAUGAAACCAGGAAAUGCUCAUUUUGGCAUUUGGAAAAGAUAGAACUUGAUGCUACCUUUAAAAGCCUUCCUUUUCUUAAUUGUGUAUCAUACCUCUUUAUAAUUAUUUCCAAAUUUUUUUACAUUUAACCUUCUUCAUAU